AUGUGCGUCUUCCUGCCGGACGCGCGCGACGGCCUGUGGGACCUCGUCGGCAAGAUCGCGUCCAGCCCGAGCUUCCUGCGCGACCACCUGCCGGAAUACGAGGUCGAUGUCGACGAGUUUCGCCUGCCCAAGUUCAAGGUCUCCUUCUACGGCAAGCUGUCCGGGGUGCUUGGGGAUUUGGGACUCGUGGCCGCGUUCAAGGCCGACAAGGCUGACCUGACUGGCAUGGCGCCCGACGUCGAGGAUACCUCUGGGGACAUAAAGCGGCUGGUGCUCAAGGACGUUUUCCACAGGGCGGUGGUCGAGGUGAACGAGGAAGGCACGGAGGCGGCGGCAGUAACCGUCUGUGAGGAGGAAGAUGAAUCGGCCUGUCAGCCGGUGGAUUUCAUCGCCGACCAUCCGUUUGCCUUCUUUGUGAUCGAGGAGGUGUCCGGUGCCGUCGUCUUCGCCGGCCAUGUGCUUGAUCCUACAAAACACCAAGACACAUUACACGACGUGGAUUAG